AUGUCUGUAGGUUGGCUACCAGUUGAUAACUCUACCCCAGAACCAAAAAGGCCCAAAGUGUAUCCUCAUCUAGUCUUGGGUUUUUCCGAGGAAGACAAAAUCGGAACCAUCCAACCCCAUGACGACGCGUUGGUAAUCACUCUUCGGAUUGGGGGUUACGAUGUAAAAAGGGUAAUAGUAGAUGGUGGUAGUGGGGCCGAGAUCAUGUACCCCGAUCUCUAUAAGGGGUUGAAGCUGAGACCAGAAGACUUGACGUCCUAUAGCUCCCCCUUGUUGACUUUUGACAGAAAGAUGGUCAUGCCAAAGGGCCAGAUUAGACUACCUGUGCAAACCGGCCCGGAGAUAGUGGAGGCUAACUUCAUUGUAGUGGAUAUCUACUCCCCUUACACUGCCACUGUAGCCAGACCUUGGCUUCAUACCCUAGGAGCCGUUGCCUCCACCUUACAUCAGAAGGUGAAGUUCCCUUCUAAGGUCCGGGUCUUGGAGAUUCGAGGUUGCCAGGUUAUGGCGAGAGAAUGCCUGGUGGUUGCCAUCUCACAUUGGCCUGAAGCGGAGUCCUCGGCCCAUGUUGAAGAAAGCUCAUAG